GGGGUACAUUGAGGACAUCGAUUUUUUUUGCCAAUGCAUUGGUAUUUGUGGGGGAAUCCUAUUGACCGACUGUGGGGCUUAUGAAUAGCAAAUGUGUUAUUUUGUAGAAUACCAUAAACAUUUGAGCUCCAUCAAUUUGUUUGUUUUCUCUCAGAGCUUUAAAGUCUAAUUGUUGUGGACUAUUUUACUUAGCGGAAGCGUAGAGUUUUGGUUCAGGAGUGUUGUUUGGGUGUUAGGCUACUGAAUGAGUGCUGCACUGAAUUCGGGUGAUAUCAACGUAAGCCGGCGAGACGCCUUUCAUUGUACAUCGUAUCUUACUUUUGAGAGCUUUUGGGGCACUUUUAAUACAAGACAACAUUCAUUCCUCCUCGUGUCCCCUUCCCCUUUCCUUUUCUCCGGACACUUGAAACACAAAAAGCCUAAAAAAUGGCUCAGAUACUGCCGAUACGAUUUCAGGAACAUCUGCAGCUGCAGAACCUAGGGGUGAAUCCGGCCAACAUUGGGUUCAGCUACCUGACCAUGGAGUCUGACAAAUUCAUCUGCAUCCGGGAGAAGGUGGGUGAGCAAAACCAGGUGGUGAUCAUAGACAUGGCUGACCCCAAUAACCCCAGCAGGCGACCCAUUUCCGCUGACAGCGCCAUUAUGAACCCUACAAGCAAGGUCAUCGCCCUGAAAGAGGACGCUGCUAAGUGCCUGCAGAUCUUCAACAUUGAGAUGAAGAGUAAGAUGAAGGCUCACACCAUGACAGAGGAAGUCAUGUUCUGGAAGUGGAUCUCUGUCAACACCGUCGCCUUGGUGACUGAAGCGGCCGUCUACCAUUGGAGCAUGGAAGGGGACUCUCAGCCAAUCAAAGUGUUUGAUCGGCACGCCAGUCUGGCCGGUUGCCAGAUCAUAAACUACAGAACAGACGAACAGCAGAAGUGGCUUCUGCUUAUCGGGAUCUCGGCACAGCAAAACCGUGUGGUGGGGGCCAUGCAGCUGUACUCUGUGGACAGGAAGGUGUCCCAGCCCAUCGAGGGACAUGCUGCAGCCUUCGGAGAGUUUAAGGUGGAGGGCAACACCAAAGCCUCCACUCUCUUCUGCUUUGCUGUGCGCAGCCAGGCUGGUGGCAAGCUGCAUAUCAUAGAGGUGGGUCACCCGGCUACAGGGAACCAGCCAUUUACCAAGAAGGCGGUUGAUGUGUUCUUCCCUCCUGAGGCGCAGACAGACUUCCCCGUCGCCAUGCAGAUUGGCACCAAGCAUGGCGUGAUCUACCUGAUCACUAAGUAUGGCUACAUCCACCUGUAUGAUCUGGAGUCGGGAGUGUGUAUCUAUAUGAACCGCAUCAGCGCUGAGACCAUCUUCGUCACUGCCCCCCACGAACCCACCUCCGGCAUCAUCGGGGUUAACAAGAAGGGACAGGUGUUGUCAGUGUGUGUGGAGGAGGAGAACAUAGUGAACUAUGCAACCAACGUGCUGCAGAACCCAGACCUGGGCCUGAGGAUGGCCAUGCGUUCUAACCUGGCCGGGGCAGAUGAGUUGUUUGCCAGGAAGUUCAACACGCUGUUCGCCCAGGGUUCCUACUCCGAGGCUGCCAAGGUGGCUGCCUCCACACCAAAGGGUAUCCUGCGUACAGCGGAGACCAUCCGUAAGUUCCAGAGUGUGCCAAGCCAGCCGGGCCAGGCCUCUCCCCUGCUUCAGUACUUUGGCAUCCUGCUGGACCAGGGCCAGCUUAACAAGUUUGAGUCUCUGGAGCUGUGCAGGCCCGUGCUACAGCAGGGACGCAAGCAGCUGCUGGAGAAGUGGCUGAAAGAGGACAAGCUGGAGUGUUGUGAGGAGCUUGGUGACCUGGUUAAGGCAGUAGAUCCUACUCUGGCCCUCAGCGUCUACCUCAGGGCCAACGUACCCAGCAAGGUGAUCCAGUGCUUCGCUGAGACCGGACAGUUCCAGAAGAUAGUGCUUUACGCCAAGAAGGUGGGCUACUCUCCAGACUGGGUGUUUCUGUUGAGGAAUGUGAUGCGGGUCAGUCCAGAACAGGGUCUACAGUUCUCUCAGAUGCUGGUUGCAGAUGAGGAGCCCCUGGCCAACAUCAACCAGAUAGUGGAUGUGUUCAUGGAGGGCAGUCUGAUCCAGCAGUGCACCUCAUUCCUAUUGGACGCUCUGAAGAACAACCAGCCAGCCGAGGGACACCUACAGACACGCCUACUGGAAAUGAAUCUCCUCCAUGCUCCCCAGGUGGCCGAUGCAAUCCUGGGAAACCAGAUGUUUAGUCACUAUGACCGAGCCCACAUCGCCCAGCUGUGUGAGAAGGCUGGGCUGCUGCAGAGGGCUCUAGAGCACUACACUGACCUGUUCGACAUCAAAAGGACUCUCGUACACACACACCUGCUCAACCCUGAGUGGCUGGUGAACUUCUUUGGCGCCCUGUCAGUAGAGGACUCUAUAGAGUGUCUUCGGGCUAUGUUAUCAGCCAACAUCCGACAGAACCUUCAGCUGUGUGUCCAGGUGGCAUCUAAAUACCACGAACAGCUGGGAACAAAUGCCCUGGUGGAUCUCUUCGAGUCCUUCAAGAGUUUUGAGGGUGUGUUCUACUUCCUGGGUUCCAUAGUGAACUUUAGCCAGGACCCCGACGUUCAUUUUAAAUACAUCCAGGCGGCCUGUAAGACCGGACAGAUCAAGGAGGUGGAACGCAUCUGUAGAGAGAGCAACUGUUACGACCCGGACAGGGUCAAGAACUUCCUCAAGGAGGCUAAACUGACAGACCAGCUGCCUCUGAUCAUAGUGUGUGACCGCUUUGACUUUGUCCAUGACCUGGUUCUCUACCUCUACCGCAACACUCUGCAGAAGUACAUUGAGAUCUAUGUUCAGAAGGUGAACCCUAGCCGGCUGCCGGUGGUGAUAGGAGGUCUGUUGGAUGUAGACUGUGCUGAAGAUGUCAUUAAGAACCUGAUCUUGGUGGUGAGAGGACAGUUCUCCACAGACGAGCUGGUGGCAGAGGUGGAGAAGAGGAACAGACUGAAGCUGUUGUUGCCGUGGCUGGAGUCUCGUAUCCACGAGGGCUGUGAGGAGCCGGCUACUCACAAUGCCUUGGCUAAGAUCUACAUAGACAGUAACAACAACCCGGAGCGCUUCCUGAAGGAGAACACCUUCUACGACAGCACUGUAGUGGGGAAGUAUUGUGAGAAGAGAGACCCCCACCUCGCCUGUGUCGCCUAUGAGAGGGGCCAGUGUGACCUGGACCUUAUCAAGGUGUGCAAUGAGAACUCCCUGUUCAAGAGUGAGGCUCGCUACCUGGUCAGACGGAAAGACCCAGAACUAUGGGCCAAUGUUCUAGAGGAGAACAACCCUUAUAGACGCCAACUCAUAGACCAGGUGGUGCAGACAGCUCUGUCAGAGACCCAGGACCCAGAGGAGGUAUCGGUGACUGUCAAGGCCUUUAUGACAGCUGACCUGCCCAAUGAGCUCAUCGAACUACUGGAGAAGAUUGUACUGGACAACUCAGUCUUCAGCGAGCACCGAAACCUCCAGAACCUGUUGAUCCUGACGGCCAUCAAGGCCGACCGGACACGUGUGAUGGAGUACAUCAACCGCCUAGACAACUACGACGCCCCAGACAUUGCUAACAUCGCCAUCAGCAACGAGCUCUUCGAGGAGGCCUUCGCCAUCUUCAAAAAGUUUGACGUCAACACCUCCGCCAUUCAGGUUCUGAUCGAGCAUAUCAGUAACCUGGACAGAGCCUAUGAGUUUGCAGAGCGUUGUAAUGAGGCUGCUGUAUGGAGUCAGCUGGCCAGAGCCCAGCUCCAGAGAGACCUGGUUAAAGAGGCCAUCGACUCCUACAUCAAAGCUGACGACCCGUCAUCCUACAUGGAGGUGGUCAGCGCGGCCAGCAAGAACGAUAACUGGGAGGAUCUGGUGAAGUUCCUUCAGAUGGCUCGUAAGAAGGCCCGGGAGUCCUACGUAGAGACAGAACUCAUCUUUGCUCUGGCUAAAACUGGCAGACUGGCCGAACUAGAUGAGUUUGUUAACGGCCCUAACAAUGCCCAUAUACAACAGGUGGGAGAUAGGUGUUUUGAGGAGGGCAUGUAUGAUGCUGCCAAGCUGCUGUAUAAUAAUGUGUCCAACUUUGCCCGCCUGGCGUCCACGCUGGUCCACCUAGGAGAGUACCAGGCUGCUGUGGACAGCGCCAGGAAAGCCAACAGCACACGCACCUGGAAGGAGGUGUGUUUUGCGUGUGUGGCUGGGGAGGAGUUUCGGUUGGCUCAGAUCUGUGGUCUUCACAUCGUCAUCCACGCUGAUGAACUGGAGGAGCUCAUCAGUGACUAUCAGGACCGGGGCUAUUAUGAGGAGCUGAUAGCCCUGUUGGAGGCAGCAUUGGGUUUGGAGCGCGCUCACAUGGGCAUGUUCACAGAGCUGGCCAUCCUCUACUCCAAAUUCAAACCCCAGAAGAUGAGAGAACAUCUGGAACUCUUCUGGUCCCGUGUCAACAUCCCUAAGGUGCUGCGAGCGGCGGAGCAGUCCCACCUGUGGGCGGAGCUAGUGUUUCUGUAUGAUAAAUACGAGGAGUAUGACAAUGCUGUCCUCACGAUGAUGUCACACCCUACUGACGCAUGGAAGGAGGUGCAGUUCAAGGACAUCAUCGCCAAGGUGGCCAAUGUGGAGCUGUACUACAAAUCCCUUUCCUUUUACCUGGAUUACAAACCUCUGCUGACAAACGACCUUCUGACCAUACUGUCACCACGGUUAGACCACAGCCGGGCGGUCACAUACUUCACCAAGAGGAACCAGUUGAAGUUGGUAAAGCCUUACCUGCGGUCAGUCCAGAGUCACAACAACAAGGGAGUCAACGAGGCCCUCAAUAACCUACUGACGGAGGAGGAGGACUACCAGGGUCUGAGGGCAUCGAUCGACGCGUAUGGUAACUUUGACACCAUUGUUCUGGCCCAGAGACUGGAGAAGCAUGAGCUGAUUGAGUUCAGACGCAUAGCAGCAUACCUCUACAAAGGCAACAACCGCUGGAGACAGAGCGUGGAACUCUGCAAGAAGGACAAAUUAUACAAGGAUGCAAUGCUGUAUGCUGCCGAGUCUAAGGAUGCAGAGUUGGCUGAGACCCUGCUGCAGUGGUUCCUCGAGGAGGGUAGGAAGGAGUGUUUCGCUGCCUGUCUGUUUGCCUCCUAUGACCUGCUGCACCCUAAUGUGGUGCUGGAGCUGGCCUGGAGACACAACAUCAUGGACUUUGCCAUGCCAUACUUCAUCCAGGUCAUGAGGGAGUAUCUCACCAAGGUUGAUGAGGUUGCGGAGAAGGUGACGGUGGACAAACUGGAGGAGUCAGAAAGCCAAAGGAAGACUGAGGAAAAAGUCCCAGAACCCACCCCCAUAGUGUUUGGUCAACAGCUGAUGUUGACAGCAGGUUCCGCUCCAGUGGCUCCCCAGCCAGGAUAUCCAGGAGGCUAUGGAUACACUCCUCCAGGCUACCCCACCCAGCCCCCCUACAGCUACAACAUGUAGACCACCUCUACCCCACCCAGCCCCCUACAGCUGCAACAUGUAGACCACCUCUACCCCACCCAGCCCCCUACGGCUACAACAUGUAGACCACCUCUACCCCACCCAGCCCCCUACAGCUACAACAUGUAGACCACCUCUACCCCACCCAGCCCCCUAUGGCUACAACAUGUAGACCACCUCUACCCCACCCAGCCCCCUACGGCUACAACAUGUAGACCACCUCUACCCCACCCAGCCCCCUACGGCUACAACAUGUAGACCACCUCUACCCCACCCAGCCCCCCUACGGCUACAACAUGGGUCCAUGCAUCUCAAAUGGCACACUAUUCCCUGUUUUGUGCACUACUUUUGACCAGGGCCAAUAGUGCUCCAGUCAGAAGUAGUGCCCUAUAUAGGCUUUAAGGUGACCAUUUGGGUUGCAGAUCAUGUAGAGCAUAAGGCCCCAGUAACCCCACAUCCCAACCCCUCUUACCCAACCUGAAUCACACUUACCCUACACGGGGAUCAAAUACAUUACAGAUGCAGCUUGCUUAUGGAUUCAAUAUGGAUUCCCUGCCUUGAAACCCCAAAUACACAAUCUCUCUACUCUGUGAGACACCUAGUCCACCUCCGGACACUCCAAACCUCAACCCCACCACCACCACACCCAACUCAACCAAAAAGACCUCCUCUUUGCUCCCAUCUCCUCUCACUCCCCACCUCCUCUUGCUCCCCCUCCCUGUCCAAUGGACUAGAGCAAGGCUAACUGACCCCUCUACUUAGGCUGGCCUGACCAGCCCCCCCAUUCACCACUGCACAGCAUGGCGACAGCUCUUAGCUCCUAGAGAAAAUAGCUAACAGGUAAAAGCUAACGUACAGUACACCACUCUGUCCAGGUAUAUUCGAUCACUGUUCCAUAGACUGUAUCAACCAUAGAGCAGCUUUUUAAAAUAUUUGUUUUUCUAGAGAUGAUAAUAGAGUACUGGUAGUGGAGACUUUUACUGAGGAGCCAGAGAGGGAGUGGGUGAAGGGCUCAUCACGGAGUGCCCCUGCCCUCUGAGCACAGCUUGGCCUUGUACAGGAGGUGUCAACUGAGUCAUUUUUCAAGUUUGUUUCACGACUCUCUCCUAUGUUUGUUUCACCACUCUCUCUCCUACGUUUGGUUCACCACUCACUCUCCUACGUUUGGUUCACCACUAUCUCUCCUACGUUUGGUUCACCAUUCUCUCUCCUACGUUUGGUUCACCACACUCUCUCCUACGUUUGGUUCACCACACUCUCUCCUACGUUUGGUUCACCACACUCUCUCCUACGUUUGGUUCACCACACUCUCUCCUACGUUUGGUUCACCACACUCUCUCCUACGUUUGGUUCUUGACUGUUUCUGUUCAAUAGUUUUUGUUUGUCCAUCUGAACAGGUACUAUGUGUUGAAGACGCAACACUAUACAGUACUAUGGACUAGGAACACUAGUUAUUGGGAUUAUGGUGUACUUUUACUGUGUGUAGUUUAUCAAGCAUGUAGGGAUAUGUUGACAACACCAAGACUGGGAAGGUUUGCAUUGAUUCUCCUCUCCAAAUGCUCAUGUGCUAGCUGAUAAUAUCUAGGUCAACAUGGACGUUUGGGUCUCUCCACUUAACACUGUGAUGUAUGGCACACGAUCCCACAGCUCUGGAGUUGAUGAUGAUGAUGAUGAUGUGAAACAUAACUGCUAUAUGCUGAUGUCUGUGCAUGUGCUGCCAAACAUAUAAUGCUGUAACAAUGCAACCAGGAGCACAAUGUCCAUGUUAUGCAUUUUAAUAACAAGUAUUACCUAUGUUGUGUACAAGGCUGAACAAAUGUAUUUUGAAGCCUUUACUGUCCCACCAUGGACACCAACUAACAGGAGGUGAAGGAAGUCCAAUAUUACACAAAGGAGAAUAAAAACAUAAGAGGGAAUAGAACUCCUGUAUAUCCCUGUGCCAGUGGUCCAGAGUUAUUUCAUGUACUGAAGAAACAUUGUAGAAUUUAUGAUAUGUUGUGUACUUAAAGAAAGAAGUUCAGUAUGAUAGAAUACCAUACAGUAUGCAUUGUCUAUAGUGUAUUGUUGUAGUUGGUCAUAAACAUGAUACUUAAAAAAAAGAAAAUGACUACAAAAAGAGCAGAAUACAAACAUUAAACUCUUCAGAACGAUUGCUUGCAGCAGCCAACAUUCUAGGGUUUGUUUUCUUCCUGUUCAAGUAGCACAUGUCUAGUGAGAAUAUUCUGGAAAACUACUGCCAUGGUUUAUGGGUAAAUCUGGCCUCAUGCAUCCGGAGCUGCGCCAUGAUAUUGUACAAAUGUUGGAUUGAGGUUCGUAGAAAACACUGAAAUCUGACCUGUGUACACACAUUACUCUCUGUUCAAGACAAGCGUUCUCAAGGAUAAUAAAGUUUACACACACAUUA